AUGGGCGACGACAGCGAGCGCGCUGCGCGGGAGCUCAAGGAGAAGCAGGAACGCGAGGCCUCUAGCAAGCUUGCCAUCGCCAACCCCGCGCACUCCAGCGCGGGUUUCUUCUCCAUCUCCUCCUUGCACGCUCAAGCCGUCGGCCUCUCCUCCAUCAAGGGGCAUGUUCCCGUCGAGCUCGCCCUCGACACUGGCGUUCACCGCCAAUGGCGCACGUUCUUCCGCGCCACCCUUCGCAAGUACGCCCUGCUGGAUCACAUCAACACGGCUGCUCCGUCCGAUCCGACGCCGGAGUGGACUCUGCUUGACGCCACGGUCGUCUCGUGGCUCUACGGGUCCGUCUCCCUUGGCCUCCUCGACGCCGUCAUGAAGCCGGGCGAUGAUCAUAUAGCCGUCGAGCUCUGGACCAGCAUCAACAGCCUCUUCACCGACCACAAGAUCAACCGCCAGCUUCAUCUCUCCACCGAGCUCGACGGGCUUGACAUGGGCGAGCUGACGAUGAAGGACUACUUGACCAAGGUUAAGAGCCUUUCUGAUGGCCUUACUGAUCUAGGCGCUCCGGUCGACGACGCCAAGCUCGUCAUCCAGUGUCUCAACGGCCUCCCCGAGCAAUACGACCCGGCUGCCGAUCUCAUCUCCCUCAUGCCCGGGAUGAACUUCGACAAAUGCCGAUAUCUUCUUGAGCUUCAGGACAUGAAGAAGAAGAACCGUCGAUCCCGCUCUGGUGACACGGCUCUCUACUCCGCCACGCCCAACCCAAACCCUAACCCUGGCAAGGGUGACGGCAAGGGAAAGAAGAAGAAGAAGAAACAGGACAAGGAGACGCAGGAAAAAGAGGUCGCGCCCGCCACGGCCCCGGCCCCAGCCGCCCUAUCUUGGACGCCAAUGCAGCUCCCCUGGAACGGCGCCUUUCAGGUGUGGCCCUACGGCUAG